AUGGCCAACAUAUCAAUUAGCGCCCCUGGUCUGAGCAGCGGCGGGUUCCUUUACAACAAUGGCAACAAUAACGCGCGACUAUGUGUCACAGCCGAGACCGAAGAUUUCGACAUGGAAAUCAUCAAGAACUGGCAAGAGGAAGGAUUCGACGUCCUAUACCUCCCUUAUAACGGCGGAAGGAAAGACUACGCUCGCCGGCUACAGUCUGUAAAGGACGGUCUGGGUGUAGGCGAAAACUACGCCGUAGUCGCCUACGGCGAGGCCGCGGACUACUGUCUUGAGUACUAUAUCAAUUCCGUCAACGCUAGUCGACUCUGCGCUCUGGUCGCCUACUACCCUAGCCUAAUCCCCGAUACACGGUCACGAUUCCCACUCUCGCUCCAAGUCCUCGUGCACUUGGCAGGUGAGACCGUGGACGUACUUGUUCAGCCCGCCGCGCUUGGUUUGCAAGGAAAGAAACGCCGCCAGACGCGGCCGAUUAACACUGGUAUCGGCACUGGAGAGCGUUUGGAUCUGGUGUACCCGGCGUUUACAUAUAAUAAUGCCCUGCCUGGGUUUGCAGAGACGGAUCUGGAGGAAUAUGAUCAUCGGUCGGCGGAUCUAGCCUGGACGCGGACUUUGAAGGUCUUGCGGAAGGGGUAUUCCAGGGAUCCGGAUUACGAGCAGCGGUAUGAGCAGCAUGUGGAGGGCAAGUUUUUCUCGUCGGACGUCAGGAAAACGAUGGAUGGUUACGUCCAGCAUAAAACCCCCGGUGUCACAUAUACGCCGACAAUCAGCGGCGGGAUCGGAAAAAAGGCGUUGCGCCAUUUCUAUGAACAUUACUUUAUCGGAAAACUGCCCCCGUCCAUGCGCCUCCGACUGCUAUCUCGUACCACAGGACCCGACCGCAUCGUGGAUGAGCUGUACGUGAGCUACGAGCACACACAGGAGAUCCCAUGGAUGCUACCUGGUGUCCCGCCGACAAACAAGCGAGUCGAGAUUAUCCUCGUGAGUAUUGUCAGUAUGCGCGCCGGGCGUCUUUACUCUGAGCACGUAUACUGGGACCAAGCCAGCGUGCUCGUUCAAGUCGGUCUUCUGGACCCCAAGCUGCUGCCAGAUAGAGUCCAGGGUAUUGGCCGACUGCCCGUUGUUGGGCGCGAAGCUGCUCGUCGAAUUCUCCAUGAGGAUACGGAGCUUGAACAGGAAGACUACCAUAACAAGAUGAUUCGUCGCGCGCGUGCCCGCGCGAGGAGGAGCAUGAAUCAGAGUUCCCGCGUCCCACAGGCUGGCGAUGAGUCUGGUACUGAUUUGAAGAGUGAGCCGGAGCAGAUAUUGCCUGACAGGAGUCGAAAUAAGGGCAAGUCGGUCCAGAAAACGAAGCCUGCGAGUCUACAGCGGACAGCUACUGAAGCGGCUGAGCACGAGGAUGAUGAUGGUGCCGAUAUGGAGACAGAGUCUAACACUGCAAAGGCUAGGUCUGAGGCUAGUGAUAAAGCUGCCUAUGUAUGUUGA